AUGUCAUCUUACGACUACCUGAAUCUUUUACGCAGCAUUCAGUUACUAAAAACAUCCGGUGCUUGCAAACCCUUAGCAGCUCCUACAAAUGGGCAAAUAAACUGUGGAGAUUCUACAAUAUUUUACCGCUGUACAGCCCAUUGUAUCUCUGGUUAUCAGUUUGAUAAUGGAGACACCACAAUACAGAAGGACUGUGAUCCCUUGACGGGGAUGUUUUUUGAUGGCCCAACAUUUCCAAAAUGCAUACGUAAUGAUUCAAACCCUUUCGGUCUCGGACCAUCCGGUGCUUGCAAACCGUUACCAGCUCCUACAAAUGGGCAGAUAAACUGUGGAGAUUCGACGAUAUUUUACCGCUGUACAGCCCAUUGUAUCUCUGGUUAUCAGUUUGAUAAUGGAGACACCACAAUACAGAAGGACUGUGAUCCCUUGACGGGGAUGUUUUUUGAUGGCCCAACAUUUCCAAAAUGCAUACGUAAUGAUUCAAACCCUUUCGGUCUCGGACCAUCCGAUGCUUGCAAACCGUUACCAGCUCCUACAGAUGGGCAGAUAAACUGUGGAGAUUCGACGAUAUUUUACCGCUGUACGGCCCAGUGUAACUCUGGUUAUCAGUUUGAUAAUGGAGACACCACAAUACAGAAGGACUGUGAUCCUAUGACAGGGAUGUUCUUUACUGGCCCGACAUUUCCAAAAUGCAUACCUACAAACCCCCCAGUGACGAAAUCUGCAUCACCUGUGUCCAGUACAUCCUGAACAAAAGCGAAGUUUUAAAUGAGAGACUCCAUUAAUCACACAAAAGGGAAAAAAGAGGAAAAUUAAAUAAGAACUUUUAAGAUUUAAUGUGUUGUAAAAUGCAAAAUUUCAUUUAGAUGAUGAAUGUUAAUCUUGAUAGGAUGUGCUUAAGAUGUUUUUUAAGAAAAAUCUGAGGGGCCAAUGAAGCAUGUCCAUUAUUUUUUUAUUUAUACAAAAUAAAAGCUUAAGAAAAUUUGUGAAGAAAAAAACAUUUCACAAGAUUCUAAACAAUAAAGAAUGCGGUAAACAUGUACAUGUAUAUGAAAAAUCUAAACUAA